UACUCCAUUUGAAUAAUCGAUCGACAGACAUAUGUACAGUAGCAAUUUUCUAUAAUCCCGUUCGCAUAAAAAUCCAAGAAAAAUUGUUGCAAAAAAGAGUUUCUUAUGCAAAAUGCGUCUUUGAUUUUGUGACGGUGUGACGUCAAUCCGUGACUGUUGAAAGUUCGAAUCUGAAAAAACAUAUGGGGGAGUAGUCUUAUGAAUUUGACCACAGAUGUUCGAGAUAACAGAGCGAAAAUGCAUAAACAAGAAGAAAUCGUUCAUUCUGCGGCAAUCCACGCGAGAAAAAAAAGAGUUCUUUUGGCAGCUGGGAAUUUAAAAGUUAAAACCCACCUCAGAUCUCUUUGACUCGACUGAUUUAAGAAACAAGACAGAGAGACCCAUGGCUGCAAAUCCAAUUGUUUCUGUAACAAAAAGAAAGAGGUAAAACAUCUUGCUUUGCGGCAGUGUCUCUUUCUAUCUUAACUUUAUUGCUUCAUCGGUCUUAGAGGAGUAGGUUUUGUUACGGGAAGAAGUUUAUUCUGAAUCUGGUUCAGUUCACAAGCAUUCAAUGCUUCUGUCAAUUUAUGGCCAAAUCCAGAGUACCCAACAUCCGUGAUUUAUGAGUCUCUUUCAGGCUUGUUCAAGUGGGUCUUUGUCCUUUCUUUUGUCUGUGAUAUAGAGUUGUCUGUAGUUGCAGAAACUGAGGUUAUCGUUUAUCUUUGUUGACCUCCUGACUUAAAAGCAUUUGGGAUUUGAUUUCUUCGAAGGGUGUUCAAGUUGGAAUCAUAGAGAAACUGGGUUGGGCCAUGUGCUCUGCACAUCUCUGGUUUCCCAAUUUGGGUUUUUUGGCUGUUGUUCUUGUCUUAAAUGGGUUCUUUUGUAUCCCUUUUGUCCUCUGCUGGUUCUCUUUGUGGUAAGAUUCCUCCUUUUCGCUGAUAUUCUGUGCUCAUCUCCUCCUGUGACCUCUUAUUCUUCCAAAUCUGGCUGAAUUUUGAGCUCUAUUUUGGUGAUGGAAUUUGGGGAAAUCAUUUGCGUGUUGGGCUAUAUUUCUUUGUUAAUUUGCCUCCAAUCUGAAACCUCCAGUGCUAGCAUUCAAAGUAUUGGCAUGAUUAAUCCUGGGUUUCAAGGGUCUCAAAUGAGUUUUAUUGAUCGGGACGGAUUGUUUCUUUUAUCGAACAACUCAGAUUUUGCUUUUGGAUUCUACACGACCUCUGAUGUCACAUUGUUUCUGCUAGUUGUGGUUCACAUGGGCAGUUCACAGAAAGUAAUCUGGUCUGCUAAUAGAGGCUCUCCUGUUACAAAUUCUGAUAAUUUUGUCUUUGACAAGCAAGGCAAUGUGUUCUUACAGAAGGGAGGGAGUGUCGUUUGGACGACGAAUAGUGGUGGGAAAGGUGUGUCUGCAAUGGAAUUGCGAGACAACGGAAACUUGGUUUUGGUUGAGAGUGAUAGCAAUGUGAUUUGGCAGAGUUUUGACCAUCCGACAGAUACCCUCAUCACAAACCAGGUCUUAAAGGAAGGAAUGAAACUUGUGAGUGAUCCCAGCUCCAAUAACUUGAGCUAUGUUCUUGAAAUCAAGUCGGGGGAUAUGACUCUUUCUGCAGCAUAUCAAGAUCCACAGCCUUAUUGGUCAAUACGGAAGGACAAUCGGAUAACUGUCAAUAAAGAUGGUGGGGUGGUUGCCACGGCAACUAUUGAGGGAAAUUCAUGGAGGUUUUAUGACAGCAGCGGAGUACUACUGUGGCAGUUUAUUUUUGUGGAUACGAACGAUGCCAAUGGAACUUGGAUUGCGGAUUUAGGAAGUGAUGGGUUCAUCUCUUUCAAUAAUCUCCAAGACGGCGGGGAAAAUGGUGCUACGCCUACACAAAUUCCGACAGAUCCAUGUGAUGCGCCAGAAUCUUGCGGUGCAUAUUAUAUUUGUUCAAACGACAAAUGCCAGUGCACUUCAGCUCUCAGUGCCAGUGGAAAUUGCAGUACAGGGAUUGUCUCUCCAUGUGAUCGUUCAAAUGAUUCGACACAGCUCGUCAAUGUUGAAGAUGGGCUCGGAUAUUUUGCUCUUGGUUUCGUUCCACCAUCUUCGAAAACCGAUUUAGAUGGUUGCAAAGCCUCUUGUGUUGGUAACUGCUCUUGCCUUGGUCUAUUUUUCCAAAAUAGUUCUGGCAACUGCUUUCUGCUAGAUAGCAUAGGUAGUUUCAAGUCCUCUGAUGGGGGAUCUGGCUUUGUUUCAUACAUUAAAGUCUUGAGCGAUGGAGGAAGUGGCACAAUUGAUGGGAGCAAAAAAAGCUUCCCAAUCGUUGCGAUAAUAGCUACUGGCACAGUACUUCUCAUUGCUGGUCUACUUUAUGCAGCAUUUCGAUAUUACAAGUGGAAGAAGAGAUUGCCAGAAUCUCCUCAAGAGACUUCAGAAGAGGAUAAUUUCUUGGAGGGUUUGUCCGGGAUGCCUAUUCGUUUCUCCUACAGAGAUCUUCAAACUGCAACAAAUAAUUUCUCAAUGAAGCUGGGGCAAGGAGGGUUUGGCUCGGUUUACGAAGGAGUUCUCCCAGAUGGAACCAGACUUGCUGUGAAGAAGUUAGAAGGCAUUGGUCAAGGAAAGAAAGAAUUUAGAGCUGAAGUUAGCAUAAUUGGGAGCAUCCAUCAUCAUCACUUGGUAAGGCUCAAAGGCUUCUGCGCUGAAGGAAGACACCGGCUUCUUGCAUACGAGUACAUGGCUAAUGGGUCCUUGGAUAAAUGGAUAUUCAAGAAAAACCAAGAAGAAUUCCUGUUAGAUUGGGAAACAAGAUUCAGUAUAGCAUUGGGAACGGCAAAAGGAUUAGCUUACCUCCACGAAGAUUGUGAUGCAAAGAUUGUUCACUGCGACAUUAAACCUGAAAAUGUGCUUCUUGACGACCAUUUCCGGGCCAAAGUCUCCGAUUUUGGGUUAGCAAAGCUAAUGACUCGAGAACAAAGCCAUGUUUUCACAACCCUGAGAGGCACUAGAGGAUACCUUGCUCCAGAAUGGAUAACCAACUACGCCAUAUCUGAAAAGAGCGACGUGUAUAGCUAUGGAAUGGUAUUGCUAGAGAUCAUCGGUGGACGGAGAAACUUUGACCCGACAGAAUCCUCGGGGAAAUCCCACUUCCCAUCCUAUGCCUUCAAGAUGAUGGAAGAAGGGAAACUGAAAGAGAUCGUUGACAUAAAACUGAAGGUAUCUGCAGACGACGAAGAGAGUGUUUCCAGAAGUAUGAAAGUUGCAUUAUGGUGUAUACAGGAAGACAUGCAUUUGAGGCCAUCGAUGAACAAAGUUGUUCAAAUGCUUGAAGCCGUAUCUCCAGUUCCUCUUCCACCAAUGUCCUCUCCAAUGGGAUCUCGCCUUUUUGCGAGCUUCUCCAAGUCGACGAGCGGGGAGGGCACUGCAUCUUCAGGACCAUCAGAGUGGAACAGUGAUACGACCCUUUCUGCUGUGAGACUCUCCGGUCCCAGAUAACAUUUACUGAUGUCUUGGCCCUUUUUUUUCCCCACUUGUUUCAUAUCUUUUGUUCAUGUCUAUCCUUUAAAUUGCUUGAAAUUUUGUAACAUAUUUAAGCGCCAUUACUAGAGCUUGAUAACUUAUCUGUGAGUUUGUUCUGUAAAUUGAAGGUGUACUACCAUGGCAUCAUUAUAAUUCAAGAAAUUUAACUUA